AUGAGCUGGACCGCUUUGCCGCUGGAGAUCAGGCACGAAAUCAUCAAGAAACUCGAGUUUCGGACGCGAUUCCGUUUUCGCCACGUGGCAAAGUCGACUCAAAUCGCCGUCGACUCGGUGCCUCUUCACAUUCCGCGAGUCAAUUUCGAAGCGCCGAGCGACGAUGACGUCACCAUCACGAUAUUUGUGGGCAUUGAGCAGAAGAUCAAGUUGGAGUUUGCGAAGACGACGGAGGGCGUCGUCGAGGUGAAAGUGUGAGUAGUUUUCUCGCCACGUGGCACGGUCUCCCAGGGCGCUAAUGCUAAACACAGUGCGCUCGUAGAUUGCGGAGUGUCGUUGUAACUUUUGAAAAUUUGCAGGUCUAAAAAUGCAGUUCAAUUCGAGUUUACGACCUUUAUUUCUAUCUUUUUGACUUAAAAAACGUCUAGAAAACAAUAUUUUACUGAUUGGAAACCGUUCUUUACAUAAUUUAGAGUUUUUCAUGUUUUUAGCGUCUUUUUCGCAUUUCGUCAAACCUGCAAACCUUUAUAUUUCAGCUCAUUUUGCAUUUCAUUAGCCCAACCAACGAUAAAAAUGUUCGCUGAAUUUUUCUUUGCAAAAUUCAGGUUCCGGCGGUUAGUUUUCUUGAGCAGUUUUCGAAAACUAUUCGAAAAACAUCAAAAUCCAGGCCAAAACCUUCAAAUCGAAAUAACUCGGCUAAUUCUCAACGAUAUGUGAGAUUUCUGUUACCAAAACGUAGCUAGUGCUCUAAUUAUUCAAAUCCGGGUUUCAGGCGUACAAAAAAAUAAUUGUAUUGUACAGAAAACAGGAAAAGAACGCGGCCUCCCGUUGAAAAUUAAUUAAUCGGCCGCCGCGUAAAUCGACACAGCCCGCCUGUUGCAAGUGCGCCAAAUUGAAAUCAUUCUGCGCCGUGGGAGAGUGGCACAUUUUUGCAGGAGUGGACAUUCGAUUGACUUCGAGAAUAUCAAAAAGUCGGUCGAGAUGGCGAGCCCGAUUCACGCGGCCCUUGACACGUUCAAAAAAGUGGCGAUGAACCCGAGGACUCUGCUGGGAGGUCUGGAGCUGAACACAAAGACGGACAGGUACUCGUGGAUGCACACUGACCGCAUUUUCGGAGUCGCCCGUUGUCGCACGAAGAUACUGAUGCUCAACAAACGGCUGGAGGACCUUGCGUUCCAGUUCCACGUGGCACAGUCCGAUCUCGAAGAGGUUCAGCAAGUCGACGACCAGCCGAGGAGUUCCUUCGCUACGGUGUUCUAUGACGGUCCCGGAAAACUGCUCACGUGGACCAAGAGGCAUCGCUUUGUUCUCGGAACUCUGGAAGCGGGCAAGGAAUUGUACAUUUGUCAGCUCUUCGAAAUGUCCUAAAUCGAACGUGUCUUUUGAAUUUCCAGUGAACACGUACUGUACCGCCGGCAAAGAUCAGUCAGUGGCCGAUGGCAGCGAAGCUCUAGAGAUAGUCGCCCAAUUGAUUGGUUCGAAAGUGAUACACCAGUAGGAAAUUACGCUAGUUCUGCGAUUCUCCUCUACAAAUCCGAAUUUUCAGCGGUCCCAACGAUUGCAGUACGGUCGGCAAAACCAACGUCAUGUUUACGUACACGCGAUGGACGUCUUGCGGCGUUCUCACAAGGGCGAUGACUUCGAACUGCGAGUCGCAGAGUCCGGACGGUCCGGAGCCGUGCGAGUUGAGGUGGGCGUGCAAGAAGCACGCGGAUCCGUUCGAGAAUUGGUAUCAGACGAAGCGCGUUGAGGUUGGUCACACACUCGGCUCUUCACAAAACUGACCCGCACACUUUCAGCAUCCAAAUAUGAAUGCUCAAGGUCUGAUUCUGAAUGAGCGAAUCUUUCCGAUCGUCAAUGGGAUUUGCCCAAUUAAGCGGAAUAUCAGCACGAUUGGCGAAAUGUAUCAGAAUUGGAAAGAUGCGCUCAAAAAGGAGGCCGACGAGAAGGUGAUGGCCGAGAAGGCAGAGGAAGCGAAAAUGGAAGUUGUUUCCGAGAAAGAGCUCGAAGCUCAGCAGGCGGUCACAGAGCAAUCCGUCGAAAUCCUUCCCAUUUCUCGCAUAACCUUUUCUCUUGCGUUUUGCGCGAUUCUCUCGCUUUUCUUUGUUGUUUUGUACACCUUUUUGUACUUGUUGAUUUGUUGGCAAUAAAGUUUGUUUUUAAAAUUCAAUUUUAGCUUGAAACUUUUAAGGCGGCCAGCUUCCAGAGUACUGUAGGUUCAAACUGCCAACUUUGAGAGUGCACAGCAACGCUAGAAGACGUUGUAACAGUUUGAAACUUUUCGGACGUAAUUUCCAUACCUAGAACUUUGUUUUUCUAGUUGACAACUUUUCGAUACCACCACACAUAAGACUACUGUAGCUCAUGGAAGUUUGCACACCAUUCGGAGGUGUGCAAACUUCCAAGAGCUACAGUAGUCUUGGGAGUGAUGGUACGGAAAAGUUUUCAACUAGAAAAAUAAAGGUUUAGGUACGAAAGUUACCUAAAUUAACUUUCCAGACCCCCAAGAUUGCUCGGAACUCGAAUAAACGCUCUCAUAGUUGACACAUUCCACCUGGAAAAACGGACGUCUUCAACGGUUUAUAUCUUGAGAACUAAUGACUAUUUCGAAAAGUGUUCAACUGAAAAGUGGUUGCAAAUUGUGUUCCCAACAACUUUGUAAUUGAGCAUUUUAUUCGCAAACUUUUCAUUCUCAAGUUAUGAGCCCAUUUCCAUUUCCCAAACCCACUUUUUUCACCUUCGCGACACCUCCGCCACCCUUCCCAUUCUCUUCCAGAACUAUGCCUUAUUGCCAACUUCCGGUCAACUACGCCACCGUCCUUUUAUGUACCGCUCAUCCCUUUGGCGGCGAGCGGCCCGACAAAGGGGUGAGAAAGAGGGAGAGCCACCUUUUACAGCCAGUUGUUUUCAUACAAUAUCUACUUGUUAUUAUCUCCUUCUGUCAAGAACGGUCCCUUCUCCGAGAGGACUUUCAUUCGAUUUUCGAUUCUUUAUUUCUCCAUACUUUGAUGAAUCUGUUCCUGCAACUUUCUCUCCUCAAAUGAGCCAUUUCCAGCUACCGUAACCAGUUUAAUAGAAGAGCACAUUGAUAUUGUCCGUUCAAAGCAGUAAAUCUCGGCCGUCGAUGGAGAUAUCAAAACAUUGUCAACUGAUAAAAUGCUCAAAAAGACAUUGCGCACAUUUUGUCAGUUGACGACUUUUUGAUAUCUCUAUUGACAGCCGAGAUACACGACUUUGAACUUAUAAAAUUAGUGUGCUCUUCUAUUAGAGUUUCUAAGGCAUCUGACUGGUACUACUACUAACUACAGUAGGACUGAAAGAAAUAGUUGUAAUUUUAAGAAGAUCCAUAUGAAUCCAAUGACUACUGUAGCUCAUUGAAACGCAUCGAAUGGCAUGCAAACUUCCAUGAGCUACAGAACUCUUAGAAGUGAUCGUACAAAAAAGUGGUCAACUGGAAAAAUGAAGGUCUAGGUAUGGAGAUUACACUCACAAAUUUUUAGAAAUUGAUGACGUGUUCAAGCGUUGGUGUACACUCUCAAAGUUAGACAUUUGAAGCUCUCAGUACUCUGGAAGCUCCCCCCAAAAACAUGUUUUAUCAGUUUACCAGUCAGAGUUCAAAAGUCCUCCACAUCCCCUCCUAUAUGUUCACGCGUUCGCUCACUUCCACUAUCUUCACAUUUCAAAGGGCGGCCUCCUUUGACGGUCUUCCGCGCCUCUUUGUCGGCACAAGACUCCGCCCCUUUUAGGUUGGUAGCAACGAUCGUUUCGGAGCACGCAGAUCUUCAUUUCAUUCUUCUUUUUCUUCUUCUUCUUCUUCUUCUUCCUCUUCUUCCUCUUCUUCUUCCUUCCUUCCUCAACCAAUAUCAUCCAUUUCAGUUCGGAAACGUUCAAGAUGUGCUCUCCCGCAACCCCGAUCGCUUCGGCCAGCAGCGGCAAAACGUCGCCGAAUCGCAAGAAGCUCCUGCUCACCUUCUUGCGCGAUCUGCUCGACGACGAAACGAACGCCGAAAUCAUUGUGUGGACGGACCGCGCGACGCGGGAGUUCAAGCUGUUGAAGCCGACGCAAGUGGCGAUCAAGUGGGGACUGCAGAGCGGAAACACGAACAUGAACUACGAUAAGAUGUCGAGAGCGCUUCGUUAUCUCUACAACAAGAACAACGGGUGUCAGAAGGUUAGUGACCGGCGCUUUUUUUUGGGGGGGGGGGGUCUUCGAGCUGGAGUGUUCUGAUCUUUAAAGUCUCCCGAAUCUUUUGUAUUUUCUGUUAGGUACCGCAACGGGUUUCACGAAACUCGGAAUUUCUAUAAAAUUCUUGUUGGAAUGUGUUCCCCUUCUCUAUAUGAGUACGCUCCCAAUUUUUUUUUCAAAAAUUUUCGGUACAUCCCGAGUUACAUCCCUUCAAAGUUGGCCUGUUUUUUCUCAGGGGCGGAGUCUCGCUAGCAAGUUUUUUUUCGCCUCUGUUUGGUGGCUGAAACCAACGAAUCAACAUUUUAAAUGAGCAGAAACGAUUUUCUAAAAAAGCAAAACAACUUUCGAGGUCAAAAUUUUUGAACCCGGCACCUUCAGAUUGUGCCGAGUGAGCACUUUCCCACUGCGCCAGCCGGGCGGAGGCGCGCCGGCCGCCAAUGGCGUAGAAAAGCUGGCUGCGCGCGGCCCACUUCUAGGUGUCAAAUUAGUGUUUUUGCGUGCUCAAAUCCAAAACUGUUACACUUUACAGUCACUUUUCAAAAAACUGAAACUGGAUCGGUCGGAAAUUUGAUGCUGAAUCCGAUUUUGUGAAAAUUAGCCGCGUGUAAGGUAUCUGUGACGCUCAAAACUCCCCAAAACUACAAUUUCGGCCAAAUGAACACACAUCUGGUCCCAGAGGGUCUAGAGCUCUGAAAAAGUUGUAUUUGGGUUCUCAGAGAGUUUAGAAAACAAUACGAGUAGGGUACAGGUCCUCAAACAUGCGCGCGCGCGCGGAAAUCAAGAGAAAAUUCGUCCGAGAUGAAGAAAAGGGGACCCACAAUAUCCAGAGCAACUUUUUGAUAUCUCUCAUUUCAGAUUCCCGGAAAGGACUAUCGUUACCGUUUUCUCGAGGCAUCAUUCAACAACACUUCGCCGGACAACUCGCUGCCCGACAUCCACGUGGAUGGCGCUGCAACUCCACGACCGCUCUUCAACAUUGCCAGCCUGCUGGCCACUUCCACGUCCCAUUCGAAUUCGAAUUCGUCGACGACGCCGUCCAGGUAAGUGGGGGCUCCGGGGGGCCGGAGUAUCUUUUUUGCAGAUCCGCGCAGCAUCGGCAUCAGAACGAGCGAGCGGCUACAACGACAACUUCCGAGAGCAGAACGAACGAACGAACGAACGACAAUAUCGAUUGCCGGCUGGAUUUAUUUGAGCGCCCACUGAUCCUUGCCAUUUCAGAUCGCUCCAAACGUCGCCGACAUCGUCAUCUGGAUCUUCUGGCUCUCCGACGUCUUCUGCCGCCUCCGCCGCCGCCGCCGCCUUCAAUCCACUUCUGGGAUCGUUGAUGGUGGCCCAACUGGCUCAAAACAUGCUCGUCGAGUUCAACACGUUCAUCGCCCAGUUCCCGCAGUACGCCCCGCUUCCGAUUCCCAUUCAAUUCCAGCUCUUCUCGACGUACAAGACGCUUCAGACGCAGCUUCAGAAUCAACGAUAA